AUGCGUAUGCAUUCGCAUGGUGCAAAUUAUGUCGGCAGUGUGCAUUGGGCGGCCAUUCUUGACAGCAUCUCUGAGCUGAAGGAUCACUACCAGGAGGAAGAGGAAGCGAGGGUGCUGACCACUAAUGAUUAUCUGCUGCCUGAUAUUCUUGCCUCAAUACCGGCAAGGCCCGUGGUAGACCGCAUGGUCGGACGACACUUCAAUGCACAAGGCCUCACGCCACGUAUGUACAUACCUUUUGAUCUCAAUGUUUACGAAAGUUUUUGGAAGGAUCCAGAUACUACCUCUUUUACCUAUAUCGGCCUUUUAUUUAGUAUCAUGUGUCUCUCGGUGCAAAGUAACCAGUUGAGUGAGGACCCGGCAGACCCGGAAGCUUUGAUGCGCGUUUAUCUAUUCCGCGAACGAACUGUUCAGUGUCUUGUUCUGGGCCAGUUCACCAGAGGAGGUGCGUAUGUACUUGAAACUAUAAUUAAUUAUUGCACUAGUGAGGUUCUUCUGUGCAAAGACGCAGAUAUUGGACUCUGGCUGCUACUUGGCAUGCUCGUACAACUUGCCUUGAGCCAAGGCUAUCAUCGAGACCCUCGAAACUUUCCGAAAAUUUCUCCGUUUGACGGCGAGAUGCGUCGGCGUGUCUGGGCGGCCGUUAGACAGAUAGACUUGCGACUAUCAAGCCAGAUGGGACUGCCACGUCUCCUUCAAUCACAACAGUACGACACUGCCGACCCGCGCAACCUAUUAGACUCGGAUUUCGAUGAAACCACUGUCGAGAUACCACCAUCGCGCUCAGAUACUGAAGUGACACCAGUUCUCUACGUGUUGGCAAAGAACAGAAUCGAUAGCGUCGGUGGGCUAAUUGGUGACCUCGUUGCUGACACACGGAAGCACCCGUACUCAGAGAUCAUGGAUUUAGACCAAAAGCUGCAAGAUGCUGAGGCCUCACUGCCGUCAAUUUUCCGAUGGCAGCCUCUCAGCCAGCCAUUCAUGGUGCCUCCUCUGAUCGUCUUGCAUCGCGUGUGGCUUCAAAUCGCCGUCCAGCGGCUAACUAUUUGUCUGCAUCGCAAGUAUCUCGCGCCACCGUAUACCGAGCUGCGUUAUAAGUAUUCACGAAAUUCAUGUGUGCAGGCCGCUAUCAAAAUGCUCGAGUAUCAGCGUCUUAUCGAUGAAGAGACGCAGCCAGAUGGACAGCUGCAUUCCGUUCGUUGGGUUUCCUCCUCGUUGUUGCAGACAACGUUCCUGCUGGGUAUGAGUGUACUUUGUUACUACGUACAGCUAGCAAAAACCACGCCAGAUCUGUCAUUAGGUCAAGAAACCGACACGAAGAUUUAUGACUUAUUGAGAGAUACAUAUCCGAUGUGGUUGCGUUCAAGCAUCGUGUCUAGGGAUGCCCGAGAUGCAGUUGAGCGUCUGAGGCGUCUAUUGGGACUACCAAAUCAACAAGACAGCGGAAAAUUUGCACAAGAAGAAUGCAUUGCCAACUUUACCGUAGCAUUUGAUGCUGACUUCCUCACUCUAGAAGCGGGUGGGUCGUCUUCUGGGGUGUUUUCAUGA